ACCAUGCCUUGGAAGAAGGCACACGCAGCCCAUGGAAUCGAGGUUGAGUGCGAGUACUUCAGCGUGGCUUUGCGCUGAACGGUUUGUUUUCGUCGAAACUACAGUAGCAGUAUAGACCUACUGACAAAUUAGCGAUGAUAGAAGUGAAGAGAAAAGCAGAGGAUCAAGCUUUGGUUGCAGUGAAGCGACCCAGAAAUGAGUUAGUCGCUGCUUCCGUGGGUGGGAGCGUUGUUCCAGCGGGUCCUCCACGUACAUCCAGCCUUCUAGCCCCCAUCAUGCUCCUCACCGGCCAUGGAGCAGAAAUCUUCACCGCCAAAUUCCAUCCGGAUGGGAACACAUUGGCCUCAGGGUCAUUUGACAGAAAUAUCUUUAUGUGGAGUGUCUAUGGUGAAUGUGACAAUUAUGCUGUACUCAGUGGACAUCAGGGUGCAAUUAUGGAAAUACAAUACACAACUGAUGGGCAACUGGUGUCCUGCAGCACUGAUAAGCUCUUGUGUUUAUGGGACACGGCAACCGGUGUCCGAAUCAAGAAGAUGCGCGGUCACACCGCCUUUGUCAAUUCUGUGUUUCCAGCCAGAAGAGGCCCAUCGUUGAUUGUUAGCGGGGGAGAUGAUGGCACAAUAAAGCUGUGGGACAGUCGGAAGCGAGGUGUGGUCCAGACUUUUCAGAACACCUACCAAGUCUUAGCCGUCACUUUCAAUGACACCAGUGAUCAGAUCAUCUCUGCUGGCAUUGAUAAUGACAUCAAGGUAUGGGAUCUUCGGAAAAAUGGUUUGCUCUACAAGAUGCCAGGCCACACAGACUCUGUGACGGGUCUGUCACUCAGUGGAGAUGGGUCAUAUCUGCUGUCAAAUUCCAUGGACAACACAUUAAGAAUCUGGGAUAUCAGACCGUUUGCACCCCAGGAGCGAUGUGUGAAGCUAUUCCAAGGAGCACAGCACAAUUUUGAGCAGAACUUGUUGAGAUGUGCCUGGUCUCCAGAUGGAAGCAAAAUAGCUGCAGGAUCUGCCGAUCGAUUUGUGUAUGUGUGGGACACAACUUCAAGACGUAUCUUGUAUAAACUGCCAGGCCACUCGGGGUCCGUCAACGAUGUAGCCUUCCAUCCUCAUGAACCAAUCAUUCUGUCUUGCUCAAGUGAUAAGCAAAUUUAUCUUGGAGAAAUCAUGUGAAGAUUGAGUCAACCAGUAGCAAGGACUGCUGAUCAUCAUGUGACCGCUUUCGCAAAUGGACAUAAACUUGUGCUUUUGUCAUGUGAUUUGAUUGGAUAGUGUCUACGUGUGGCAAGUCACUUGAUACUGCUUUUCAGAAGGAGCAUGUUUGUUUCAGUACUUGCAGGACUGGAAGUUCUGAACAUCCUAAAAUGGGUGUCGCAGGUCAUGGAUGUCACUUUGGUCAUGACCUUCAUUUACAUAAAGCACCAGGUCUCCAUGAAAUGUUUCAGAGAAAUAUUCUUAUUGCAGGGCAAUGCCCUUUUGGGAUACAAAUUCUCUGUCUAGGGUGACAUCGCUUUUUAAGUCCCGGUAUUUUAAUGUAGUUGGUCAUUCUAGAAAAAAUUUGUUUGAAAAGAAUUAUGUAAAAUUUUUCAUUCUAAAUCUUUGUCACCAUCAUGAAUUUCUGUUCAACUGCAAGUUACUUUUUGCCUGUAGAAUUGAGCAGAGAGAAGGUUUGAGGAGCUUGUCCGUUAUGCUUUUUUUUUUUACAAUUUUAGGGGUAAGAAGGUUUGGUCAGAAGGGCUGGCCUGGAGUAUCGUGGGAUUUUAAGGGCCCAGUAACAGCAGGAAUAGCAGAAAUCCACUGAGAAAUGAGCAAUAUGCAUCAACUGACGUUUUGGCAGAAAACCUGCGUCUGCCGAACAGAUAUUUUGUCGGUGUGCUUAGAAGCUAUUUGAAUAUUUCCCUUGACAUAGUUUUACAAGCCUGACCCUUAAGCCAAUCAGCAAUCUGAUCAAACAUUGCUGCUAAUCUCCUGGCCUGCCAAUUGCCUUACAGAAAAUAAAAUUUCCAUCUUUCGGUUUUUUAUAAAUCAUGAGAGGGAAAUACUGUACUUGUUGGUAUUUUUCAUUUCUCUCGGCAUGGUACUCAUUAAAACAAGAAAUUACUGCUUCAUAAUUUGGUUCUUGGCAGUGUUGCACUAGUUUGUAUGAUGAGGCACAAAAAAUAGGUUUACAAGUUGUUAUUUGUACAUGUACAGUUUUUCAAGAGCUCUGACAUUUUAGCGUUUUGGUUACUCAAAUAAACUACUCUUCAUUCUUUUUUGAAGUCUA